GUCGGUAUACCUUUUACUUACGAGUCGGUUUGAGCAGACGGCGGAUGCCUUUUGGGCCACUGAGGCCGCCGUUAGGGGCGUGACGACGCAUCCGCGUUCCGGCAGUUACAGUUCACGUGCAGCAGCGGCGGAUCUUCUGCUAAGAGCUACCAUGACCGAGCCGGGGACUUUGAACCUCAAUAAUGAGGUUGUGAAGAUGAGAAAAGAAGUGAAGAGAAUCCGAGUUUUGGUUAUCCGAAAACUUGUCAGGAGUGUUGGCAGACUGAAGUCAAAAAAGGGUACCGAAGAUGCACUGUUAAAAAACCAAAGACGAGCACAACGACUGCUCGAAGAAAUUCAUGCCAUGAAGGAGUUGAAACCUGAUGUAGUAACUAAAUCUGCUCUUGGUGAAGAUAUCAACUUUGAAAAAAUCUGCAAAAAGCCUGAUUCGACUGCGGCUGAAAGAGCAGUUGCUAGACUAGCAGUGCACCCUCUUCUGAAGAAAAAAAUAGAUGUGCUGAAAGCUGCUGUCAAAUCCUUUAAAGAUGCAAGACAAAAUGUUGUUGAAGAUAAGUCAUCAAACAGUGCUUCAAAAGAAAAUCAUUCCAAGGACACUUUGUGUUCAAAUGAUGAUGCCAAUAAGUUACCGCAUGAAGGAACUAUUAUCUGUGAACAAGAAGAGAAGGAAGCCAAAAUAUUGGCAAAGAAACCAAUAAAUAAUUCAAAAGAAAAAAUAGCCAAGAUGGAUCAUGGACCCAAAGCAAUGGACGUCCCAAAUUCUCUAUCAAAGCCUUCCGAAAAAGAUUCUGCAACUCUUUCAGCAUUGCAGAAGAUAGCUGCUGACCCCAAAAUGAAAGCAUUAAGUGAAACCAAAAAAGUGAAAGAGUCCAGUAGCUCACUUGAUGUUGACAGUGAUGGAGAAGAAUUACAUGAAGAAGAGAAGGAAUAUUUUGAUGAUAGCACAGAAGAAAGGUUUUACAAACAAUCUUCCAUGUCUGAGGAUAGUGAUAGUGGUGAUGACUUCUUCAUUGGGAAAGUCAAACGGGCACGGAAGAAGGAAAGUAGUUGUCGUUUUUCAGAUAAGGAACAAAACCCCCCCAAAAAAUUGUUGCUUGAAGAAGAUAUACCUAAAACCCAUCAAGAUUUACAAAAUGAUAAAAACAAGCCACGUACAGAGGCAAGGAGGUUUGAAUCAGUGUUUUUCCAUUCUUUAUCUGGAUCUAAGAGCCUUGAAAGGAAUCAGAGAGAACAGGUUCCAAGAAGCAAAACCCUGGAUUUUCAGCACAUUGAACCUCAGAUCAAGAAUCAGUUUAAUAAGAAAGCACAAAGAGGAUUUGAAAAUACCAAACAGAAAUCACAGCUGCCUCUUCAUCCUUCAUGGGAAGCAAGCCGGCGGCGAAAAGAACAGCAAUCCAAAAUUGCUGUGUUUCAGGGGAAAAAAAUUACCUUUAAUGAUUGAUCAGUACUAUAUUUUUGUUAAUUUCUCUGUCUAAAUUUGAUUUUCUUCUUAUUUUUUAAACUAGCUCAUUAUUUAAAUAUAUAUUUAAGUAAGUCUCUGAAUGGGUUCUAGAAAUGAGUUGGUUUUGUCUUUUUUUAAGUGUGUUCGUGUUAUGUUUAAGCUUCUGUAGAUCAAGUACAUACUUAAUUUUAAAUAUGUCUAGAAGACUGCUGUCCCUCUAUAAAAGAAUUUUGAGAUGAUAGCUAUCUCAGAUUUUCUCAUUUGGUUUUAUCAUGAAGUGUAUUUCACUAGGUUAGCUCUGUGUUUCUUUACUUUGAAAAUAAAUGUUGAGUGAUAUUUGAAAUAAUAAUGGAAAAAUAUGAGGAAAGUGUAGCUAUUUAAAACAGACUCUUCUUACUGAGUUACUCUUGUUAGCAAAACUAAGAUGAUAACUUUUAUUAUGGGUAUACAGAUAGUAAGCUAUUAAGUAAAUAUUAAUUUUUAUUAUAGCUUUAAUUAUUUGUAAUUUUUUAGUUUUUGCUGUUUAAAAUAGUUUCCCAGGAAAAUUUUGGAUUUCUGAAUUAUGUUUCAGUUAUUUGGGCAGCAUUCAUGUUUAAAUGUUGCAACCAACCAAAAAUUGGUUUUACUGCAUAUAAAAUUUCUGUCAAAUCACAAAUGUAUAACAUAACAUUAGACAUGUGUUUUUAUAGAAACAGUUUUUGAGGAAUCAUAGGUUUGGAAUUUACAAGAGCAAAUUCUGAAGGAGAUAUGAUUACAGAAGCAUUUUCACUAUAGCUAAGCAGAGGUUAUAAUUCACUGAAGAAGGGACUGCUUUAUAUUUCAUAGUACUGUUAUUUUAAAGGAAAACAGAAUUUUAAAAAUCUCUUCAAAUGUUUGACUUCUUGCUACUGGGAGAAAUUAAAGUUCUUGGUUAACUAAGUAACCAAAAAAGUUAAAAAAUAAUGUUUCUAUCCCUACCCAGAUUUAGCCAAACCAUGAAGUUGAGAGCACUAUUCAUUGACCCAACACUUCUAACCCCAACUUCAAGGAGUUAGGGUUUGACUACAAAGUUAGAGGAAAGAGGCCACACAAGACUACUCACUUCUGACACCAACUGCAGGUUUGGAGAUUGCAGGGGAGGGCUCCCCAGAUACUGUCAGAUUCAAAAAUUUGCUUGCAGAACUCACUAAAACCUAUUAUAUUCCUAGUUACAGUUCAUUAUACAGUUUAGCGACUGAACAACAGAUAGUUCAUUACAAGGAAAGAGUACAGAUUAUAACCAGCCAAAGGAAGAAAUGCAUAGGGCAAAGUCUGUGAGGGUUCUAAAAGCAAAGUUUCUGUUGUCCUCAAGUUGCAUUGCCAUCCUUGCAUCAAUGUGUACAGUGUUGCCAAUCUGAAAAGCUCACUCCAGUUUUAAUGUCCAAAAUUUUUAUUGUAUCUUUCAUAGAUAGACAUGCUCAGUUGAUUGCCCAUGUGAUUGUUUCAGAUGGAUUGAUAAUAUCAUAUGACCCGAAGACUCAUCCUAAAUGACAUGGUAGGUCUUUUUUAGUGCAGCCAACCCCUGCUCUAAACAAGGACAAUCCUAUCAGGUAUGACGUAGAGUGCCUCCGUGAAGCGGAAGGCAAAGGCAGUUUCUCUCUUUGGGCAAGACCAGGUUCUUUACUACACAACAUCUGUCACCCGAAUUCCCCCAAUAUUAACAAUUUUUCUGUAUCUACUUUAUCUUUGGCUCUCAUACUCCCUUCUCUCCUCCUUUUUUCCUUCCUUUUCCCCUUUCUCCUUCCUUUUUUAUACUCUUUAUCCCUUCAUCUCUCUUUUCCUCAUUUUAUCCCUGUCUCCCUCUCCAUCUACUCUCUUCCUCUCAUCCUUUUAUCAUUUCUAUUUCUCUACCCUGUUUGUAGCCUCUCUCUAAAAACAAGUCAUUCUCUGUUUUUUUGUAUUACCACAGUUCAGUUAUCAAAUAUUAAGAUUUUGCCAAUUGUCCCAGUGUCUUUUUAUGGCAACAGAAAAAUCAGCAUCAAGCCUUUCAUCCAGUGGUCACCUUACAUUCAGUUAUCUCUCUUUGGUUGGAAACAGUACCUCAGUCUCUUAGGAUUUCAUGACAUCGACCUUUUUCAAAAGUGCAGAUCAGAUAUUUUGCAGUGUCCUUUUAUUUGGACUUGUCUAAUACUCACAUUUUCAUAUUCAAGUUAUGCACUUUUGGCAGGAAUGUUGCAUUUGUCCUGUUGCAUCAUAUCUGAGGUUAGGUGAUGAUGUUGAUAUGGCUGGGCCUUUACUGGUGGUGUUAACUUUGCUUACUUGUUUUAAACGGUAUUUAUACGGUUUUUCCACUGCAGGAUUACUAUUUUCUCUUUGUAAUGAAUAAUUAUCUUGUGGGGAGAUACUUUAAGACUGUGUGAAACUGUCUUGAAACUUUCAUGCACUAGUUUUAACAUUCAUUCAUAAUUCUUACCUGAAAUAAUUAUUGCUAUAGUAGUUUAAAUUAUGAUUUUUUUUUUAAUUUCAGUUUUUCUACACUUAUUAGAUGGCCUUUUAGAAUAAGGGAGAAUCUUACAUUUUCUCCUAUUAAUUGAGCUUUUAAAUGUAUUUCAGUAUUAUCUCAUGGAUACUUCUCUUUUCUCCUUUUCUAUUACUUUUUAUUAAUUGGCUAUUUUUUAUUCAUUUUAUCAAUUAUUGGAUUAUAAGAUUUAUUAUAGUAUACAUCUCAAGUAGUAUUUAUACCACUUUACAUACGGUCCAAACACCUUACUGUAGUAAAUGUUAACGUUUCUCCCCAUGCUUUUGUACUAUUGUUUAUAUACAUUUUGCUUCUACAUUUAACCCUGUAGUGUAUUGUUUUUGAUUUUACUAUAAUUUCUGUUUGUCUCUGUAUCAUGUUUAUGUUUUUCUCUACUUCCUAGAACAUUAGUAGCUGUUUUAAUGAUCUUGUCUGCAGUGAUUCUCUUGGGGCAGUUUGUACCAACAAGGUAUAUUUGGCAGUGUCUAGAGAUAUUUUGAAUGUCACACCUGGGGAAGAUGUUGCAUCUAGUGGAUAUAGGCCAGGGAUGCUGCUUACUUUGGUUAAUGGAAGCCCCUUCAAGUUGUUCCCUGUGUAUUUUUGGCAUGUAAGUCCUUUCUGUAGUAGUGAGGAAGGUGGUUUCUUAGUUUCCACAAUAUAUUUAUUUUCUCAGCCCCAGCGUACACAGAAGUUCAGUUCAAAAUUGCUGGUUGAUACCUCUGCAAAACACAAGUUUAUUAGUCAAACUAAUUUAUGUUUGAAGUUCUUUUUUCUUUAGCCUGAGGGCGUAUGGUUUCAAAACUAAGUUUGCAAGUUAUCUGGGAUAUUGUUAGCAAAAAUGGCUGACUAAGGACAUCCAAAAAUUACCUUUCUUCUUUAAAAGCAGUGGAGAAAGCUGUCCAUAGUGUCAGAAUUGAUGUUUUCAGAACUGCAGAAUUAACCAAAAGCUUACUAAGGGUUGUUAUUUAUUAAAAAUGGCUGAAACUUGA